GGCUGGGGUGAUGACCAUGCUAACUGCCGGGUGCUACUUCGCGACGUCCCGGCGUAGAGGGACUAAGUGUCUAUGGCAACGGUCGUCUGGCAGAAGGGGAGGAACUAAGUCCUUUCACUUGAAACGCUGACAUUCCAGGCCCUUGUCCUGCAGGCUCCCGCGGGCGGACAGGCCGGAAGAGGAGGCCGGGGAAUGGCCGCGGUGUGGCAGCAGGUCUUAGCAGUAGACGCGAGGUACAACGCGUACCGCACACCAACGUUUCCACAGUUUCGGACACAGUAUAUCCGUCGGCGCAGCCAGCUACUGCGGGAGAAUGCCAAGGCUGGGCACCCCCCGGCACUGCGUCGGCAGUACCUGAGGCUGCGUGGGCAGCUGCUGGGCCAGCGAUACGGGCCCCUCUCCGAGCCAGGCAGUGCUCGUGCCUAUAGCAACAGCAUCGUCCGCAGCAGCCGAACUACCCUUGACCGCAUGGAGGACUUUGAGGAUGAUCCUCGGGCCCUGGGGGCUCGUGGGCACCGCCGUUCUGUCAGCCGAGGCUCCUACCAGCUGCAGGCACAGAUGAACCGUGCUGUCUAUGAGGAUAGGCCCCCUGGCAGCGUAGUACCUACAUCAGCAGCAGAAGCAAGUCGAGCCAUGGCUGGGGACACAUCACUGAGUGAGAACUAUGCGUUUGCGGGCAUGUACCAUGUCUUUGACCAGCACGUGGAUGAGGCAGUGCCAAGAGUGCGCUUCGCCAAUGAUGACCGGCACCGCCUGGCCUGCUGUUCCCUCGACGGCAGCAUCUCACUGUGCCAGCUGGUGCCUGCCCCGCCCACCGUGCUCCGUGUACUGCGGGGCCACACCCGCGGUGUCUCUGACUUCGCCUGGUCCCUCUCCAACGACAUCCUUGUGUCCACCUCACUCGAUGCUACCAUGCGCAUCUGGGCCUCUGAAGACGGCCGCUGCAUCCGGGAGAUUCCUGACCCCGAUGGCGCCGAAUUGCUCUGCUGCACCUUCCAGCCGGUCAACAACAACCUCACUGUGGUGGGGAAUGCCAAGCACAACGUGCACGUUAUGAACAUCUCCACGGGCAAGAAAGUGAAGGGUGGCUCCAGCAAGCUGACGGGCCGGGUUCUCGCUCUGUCCUUUGAUGCCCCUGGCCGGCUACUCUGGGCAGGAGAUGACCGCGGCAGUGUUUUCUCCUUCCUUUUUGACAUGGCCACAGGGAAACUGACCAAAGCCAAGCGUCUGGUGGUGCACGAGGGUAGCCCUGUGACCAGCAUCUCCGCCCGCUCCUGGGUCAGCCGAGAGGCCCGGGACCCCUCGCUACUCAUCAACGCUUGCCUCAACAAGCUGCUGCUCUAUAGGGUGGUAGACAACGAGGGGACCCUGCAGCUGAAGAGAAGCUUCCCCAUCGAGCAGGGCUCACACCCUGUUCGCAGCAUCUUCUGUCCCCUCAUGUCCUUCCGCCAGGGGGCCUGUGUGGUGACGGGCAGCGAGGACAUGUGUGUGCACUUCUUUGAUGUGGAGCGAGCAGCCAAGGCCGCUGUCAACAAGCUGCAGGGCCACAGCGCACCUGUGCUGGACGUCAGCUUCAACUGUGAUGAGAGCCUGCUGGCUUCCAGCGACGCCAGUGGCAUGGUCAUCGUCUGGAGGCGGGAGCAGAAGUAGGUGCCUUCCGGCCCUGCUGUGUCCACCUCCCCGUCCACUUCCUGCCUUGUGUUUGUAAAUAAAGUUUCUGUGGUUGUGUC